AUGGGCAUGCACGCUGGUCUCAUGCGUGCGUGCGAGGGCCAGCUCCUCAAGGACUUCGACCCCAGCGGCACAUUUCGCCAACUCAACGACGACAAGAUCGAAACACGCCUAGAUAAUGCCAUCCCCGAUGGGUCAGAUGUGGACAACCUUGGAGAUCGUGUGCGGCGUCGAGACGUCUUCAUGUCUGGUGAUAACCAUGAUCUGGGAAUAUGUCUUCAUGCGCUACCUCUUUGGCAUGGACCGGCUGAGUCCAAAAUCAUAGACGUCCAAGAAGGCGUAAUGGCAGGUGGCAGCAGCACCUCUGCCGAACCCAACGCGAGCGCAGGUCGAAGCAGCGGCAGUUCAAAGACGUGGGGCAAUCCAAGCGAAAUGAUGCUUUUCUGUCGAUUCCGCAACUUCGGAAAAUUUGGUCGCGAUCACUCUCAGCUGAAGCUUGAACAGCCUCUUCAGCGCAUAAGUUAUGAACACAGCGCCACUGCCAGGAACGACAACAUCAACACCCCAUCGUAG